AUGAACCAGAUGACAAUCCUGGUGGCGACCGUAGCCAUCCCAAACCAGAAUAAAUGCCCCUCGAACACCCCACCAACUUUCAGGCAAUUGAUGGAAACCUGCAGUGCCUCCGAUCAGAACGGAAUUUGUCAGGCCAUCCUGGGAACCCGUUACACCGUGUUAGGAGCCCAACCAUUACCCCGUCCUUAGGAGAAAGCGGAAAAGCCAGGGCAGUCGACCCCUAAACAUCCAAGAACACAUCCAUUGACAUCAGCCACAGCAACUGACUUACCCGUCCCAACGACAACAGCAGUCCGAAAUAAGUCCGUCCACCAAAACACCCCACCACUUGCCGACAACUGUAACCUGAACAGGAAGCCAGCCCUGCCCCAGAAAUCACCCCUAGCGCCCCCAACAGACGGUACCAAACAUGUAGAUGAGCAGUCCACGGAACCUACAAGGAAACGUCCCCAUCCGUCCCACACCCAUACAGUGGGCCCCAGCCGCCUCAUAGGGCGACCCACGGACCAGCUUCAUCAACGUUGGACCAGGCGACCACCUCCACUGAUCGACCCCGUGACACCCCCCGAAAUGCCCAAUAAUGACCAAGAAGAGUGUCGGCCACCACCUACCCGGACACAAAAACCUAAGACCAGCCGCCCUAGAUUCCCAAGCCACUGUAACCCUGGGGUAAAGUGUACUGUUACAUGA